AUGGUUUGAUUUUUCCCUCCACAUUCAAUUUCACCUAUCUAUGCUCUUUUAUCCGCAUUGGCAGCCAAAGGACAAGAAGUAAAAGCACCGCAUGAAAGUGCUUGGUUGAUGGUUUUAAAAACUAUUGCGGAUACUCAUUUCGAUGAUGAUGAUGAUUGGGAUGAUGUUGAUGUUGAUAAUGAUGAUGAUUCGGAUGAUGAUAAUGACGAUGAAGAUGAUGAUGUUGAUUGGGAUGAUGAUGAUGCUGAUGAUGAUGAUGUGUUGAUGACGAUAAUGAUGAUGUUUAUGCUGAUGAUGAUUCGGAUGAUGAUGAUGAUGAUGAUUCGGAUGAAGAUGAUGAUGAUGAUGAAUCGGAUAUAUGAUAAUGGUGAUGAUGAUUAUGAUUCGGAUAUUGAUGAUGAUGAUGAUGAUGAUGAUGAUGAUGAUGAUGAUGAGGAUGAUGAUGAUUCGGAUGAUGAUGAUUCGGAUGAUGAUGAUGAUUCGUUUGCGAUGAUGAUGAUGAUGAUGAUGAUGAUGAUGAUGAUGAUGAUGAUGAUGAUGAUGAAUCUGAUGAUGAUGAUGAUGAUGAUGAUGAUGAUGAUGAUGAUGAUGAUGAUGAUGAUGAUCAUGAUGAUGAUGAUGAUGAUGAUGAUGAUGAUGAUGAUGAUGAUGAUGAUGAUGAUGAGACAUGAUGAUGAUGAUGAUGAUGAUGAUGAUGAUGAUGAUGAUGAUGAUGAUGAUGAUAAUGUGAUGAUGAUGAUGAUGAUGAUGAUGAUGAUGAUGAUGAUGAUGAUGAUAAUGAAGAUGAUUUGA